GUUUCAAGUCAGUUCGUAAUUUAUUUAUCGCAGCUGACCUCSUUUAAUUAUCCAAUUAUAAUCUGCUCAUUUUGCUUGAACUCUUCAACAAUGGUAAAGUCUUUAAUUCUCUGCUUAAUUUUAGCUCUAAUAAAACACAAAGGAAGCACGAAUAAACAAGAAUAUUAUUGGAAGGAGUACAUCGAUGGGUUAAUACCAUCAGAUGCUCUCCCUGGUGGAAAAGAUUCCAGUGGUCGUGACASCUACAUUGGGCAAGCAUACAUCCACGGACACGGCCUCUGCAUUGUUCAAAUUUUUCCUGGACGAAUAGAAYUAGACGCAGCCUGGUGGGGUGUAAAAAAAGCUGCUAAUGAUAUCAAAAUUUUAUGUACCGAAAGUCCUGAAGAUUUUCAAUGGAUUUCUACAUCUAGUCAAUACUACCAUUUUAACACCACGAGAGUACAACCAGUACCAGGAGGGUACGAUUUUGUGAACAAUGAUGGUUAUUUCUAUAUUGGAAGAUUGGCGUAUCAAGGAUUUGUUAAAAUUGGAGGCAUUUGGUCGUCACAAAUUGAAAAAGCUGAUUUUUAUUUUGGYCACAACAAUYURUUGAKAAAAUCUAGUUUGUAUGAAGCGCUAGUCUAUAGUAAAUCUGCGGUUUUUAGUAUUGAUGUUCGAAUGAAUUAAGAUGAUUACAUAAUUUAUUUUCUGGUA